UUAGUCAAACUAUAAGUAUAUUUGUAUCAAAUAGAGAAAUCAUUUUAAUAUGUAAUUAUUCACAGUUACAAUAAUUCUAUUAUGUAAUUAAGCCUAAUAAGAGUGUAAUUAAUGUAAUUAAACAUAAAUUGUUACAAAAUUUUUGUACAGUAAUCGCAUAUUUUUUCCAAAUGUCCGUUGCAUGGAGUAAACGAUGUGCUUAUUAUCAGUUGCUUGGCUGCGCAAACGCCAUGAACCCGUGUCUUAGAUUCCUCAUACAAAGUGUUUUAAUAUCAAACUGUGUCACAGUGAAUACAAUCAAUAGUGAUACAAAAAUCGAGCUACCCUCAUUUCUAAUCGAUUGUAAGCUAAACGAUAUUAUAAUUAUAUCAGCACCAAUAGUUAUUGAAAAAGGGCGGUAUUAUUUAAGUAAACCGAACGGUGACGUCAUCAAAUUACCUGAAUUUCCGCCGAAACACAAGAUUUUCACAGAUAAUGACACAAUUAUUAACACGACGAAGUAUCGAGUAUUUAAUGUAAAUAAUCCGAAAUAUUUCAAUACACAUGAUAUAUUUAAUGAUAAUUUAAAGAAGAUGGGUGCUAUGGAUUUCAUGUUGGGACCUUUGGGGGAGGAGGAUCAUGGAAAUUGGGUUCUAAGUGUUUUUUCUGACCAUAAUGAAGGUGAAAAUGAAGGUGCUACGGAGUUUUUUCAAGUCAUCACUAUUAGAAUUAUAGAAAGUAUACCAAUAGAACCAUAUUUUACGAAACUAAAUGAAGAGAGCGAUUUGAUUUUGAAAUUCGCGUAUCCUAUUAAACUUUUAGAAUCCUGCGAAAUCCAAAGACCGAAGACAUCGAGUGACCGUUAUUACGAAAGGACAAGGAAUUUGGAUUCUUGUGAAUAUAUUGUCCCGAAUAUUACUAGACAAGACCAAGGAUGGUGGACUAUUAUAGGAGUUGGUAAAAUUAUCUAUCGAGCUAAAAUGUAUUUGGAGGUUAAUAAAAAAAAAUUAAUGUAUUUUUUUUAUAAAUUAUUUGAUAAUACUUUAGUGAUGAUUCAGCUGACAAUAGAUGGCGCUUUACUAAAAUAGUAUAAAAACUCAAUC